AAAGUUAAUGGCUUGGGGGAAAGAGAAUCUCUUCUCGCUUCAGGAGAGUUUGAGGAUUUUUCUGAAGUAAAACGUAAUUAUUUUAUAACAAUAUAACCCCAAAGAAAGUGAUAAGACAACAUUACCUUCACAAAUAUACGUAUUAUUUAGGAAAGUAUGCAGGAUGCAGUAGCCGGGACGGCAAUGCUGACGGACGGCUUCGAGGACGAGAUUGACUCGGUGACUCCGCGUUCCCCUGCGUUAGGGAUGGGGGUUGGAGCUACACCAGGAGCCGGACUCGGGGGCCUCGGGAUCGGCGUCGGUGGCAAGAAAGUACGCUUGUUCGGCGAGACUGGCGGGCCCACGACAGACAGACUUGAUUUCAAACUCACAGCUGCUGCUGUGCUAUCGUCGGGCCCAGGAUCCGGCAGCGACGAGGAUGAGGUGUCUGAGGUGGAAUCAUUUAUUCUUGACCAGGAGGAUCUGGAUAACCCCGUACUAAAGACGGCUUCAGAGCUGCUCUUAUCCAGCGCUGCAGACGGAGCUGACCUCAGAACAGUAGACCCAGAAACACAGGCCCGACUCGAGGCGUUACUAGAAGCGGCAGGCAUUGGUAAACUCUCCACUGCUGAUGGCAAAGCCUUUGCAGAUCCAGAGGUGCUGCGCCGCCUGACGUCGUCGGUGAGCUGCGCGCUAGACGAGGCCGCCGCCGCCCUCACCCGCAUGAGGGCAGAAAACACACUCAACGCCAGUCAGGCCGACAACCGUAGCCUGGCUGAGGCCUGCUCGGACGGCGACGUCAACGCCGUGCGGAAGCUGUUAGACGAGGGACGCAGCGUCAACGAACACACAGAGGAGGGUGAGAGCCUGCUGUGUCUGGCCUGCUCUGCUGGAUACUAUGAGCUCGCUCAGGUCUUGCUGGCCAUGCACGCUAAUGUGGAGGACAGAGGAAUCAAGGGAGACAUCACGCCACUCAUGGCUGCUGCAAGCGGCGGUUACGUAGACAUCGUCAAACUGCUCCUGGUGCACGGAGCAGACGUUAACGCACAGUCCUCAACAGGUAACACAGCGCUGACGUAUGCAUGUGCGGGAGGCUUCCUGGAUGUUGUAAAUGUGCUGCUGAAGGAGGGUGCCAACAUUGAAGAUCACAACGAGAACGGUCACACUCCUCUGAUGGAGGCUGCCAGCGCAGGCCACGUGGAGGUCGCUCGCGUGCUCCUGGAGUACGGUGCUGGAAUCAAUACACACUCCAACGAGUUUAAAGAGAGCGCGCUCACACUCGCCUGCUAUAAAGGGCACUUAGACAUGGUCAGGUUUCUUUUAGAAGCGGGAGCCGACCAGGAGCACAAGACAGACGAGAUGCACACCGCUCUUAUGGAGGCCUGCAUGGAUGGGCACGUAGAGGUGGCACGGCUACUGUUGGAUAGUGGGGCGCAGGUAAACAUGCCCGCUGACUCAUUCGAGUCGCCACUGACGCUAGCUGCCUGCGGGGGCCACGUGGAGCUGGCAGCACUGCUGAUCGAGAGGGGAGCCAACCUGGAGGAGGUGAAUGAUGAGGGCUACACUCCGCUGAUGGAGGCUGCUCGGGAGGGUCAUGAAGAGAUGGUCGCACUGCUCUUGGCACAAGGUGCAAAUAUUAAUGCGCAGACAGAGGAAACGCAGGAGACUGCACUGACUCUGGCGUGCUGCGGCGGCUUCCUUGAGGUUGCAGAUUUUCUCAUCAAAGCUGGGGCGGACAUUGAGCUGGGUUGCUCUACCCCGCUCAUGGAGGCUGCGCAGGAGGGGCAUCUGGAGCUGGUCAAAUACUUGUUGGCUGCAGGGGCUAACGUUCACGCCACUACAGCUACGGGGGACACAGCUCUUACAUAUGCUUGUGAGAACGGACACACCGAUGUCGCUGAUGUGCUGCUACAGACAGGAGCUGACCUGGAACAUGAAUCGGAAGGGGGCAGGACUCCACUGAUGAAAGCAGCCAGAGCAGGCCACCUGUGUACUGUGCAGUUUCUCAUAAGCAAAGGUGCUAAUGUCAAUAGAGCCACAGCCAACAAUGAUCACACAGUGGUCUCUCUGGCUUGUGCGGGAGGGCACCUGGCUGUCGUCGAGCUGCUUUUGGCCCAUGGAGCAGACCCAACCCACAGACUGAAGGAUGGCUCCACGAUGCUGAUUGAAGCUGCUAAAGGUGGUCACACUAAUGUGGUGUCCUACCUGCUAGACUAUCCAAACAACAUUCUGUCAGUCCCUGCCCCAGACCUGUCCCAGCUCACACCACCCUCUCAUGACACUUCUCAGGCCCCUCGAGUCCCAUUCCAAGCAUUGGCUAUGGUGGUGCCACCCCAGGAGCCAGACAGAGUGCCCUCCACGAUACCAUCACCCCCACCCGUCACAAGCAAAGGUGCGUCAAAGCAGAGGCUGAGCUCCAUUCAGAGCACCUCUGUGGCAUCAGGUGGCUUAGACGCUGACCUGCUGCCGCCGUUUCAUCCCUACCAGCCUCUGGAGUGCAUCGUCGAGGAGACUGAGGGCAAGCUGAACGAGCUUGGCCAACGCAUCAGCGCCAUCGAAAAGGCCCAGCUGCAGUCGCUUGAGCUCAUCCAGGGAGAGCCGCUCACCAAAGACAAGAUCGAGGAGCUGAAGAAGAGUCGCGAGGAGCAGGUGCAGAAGAAAAAGAAGAUCCUGAAGGAGCUGCAGAAGGUCGAGCGGCAGCUGCAGCUGAAGACGCAGCAACAGUUCACCAAAGAGUACAUGGAGACCAAGGGGCACAAGGAAGAGCUAGGCCAGGCGGCAGGGGCGGAGAUGCCCGGCACCCCCCUGCCCCUGCAGGCCACACAGCUGGGCUCUGACGUUGACAACGAGACUGACUGCAGCAAGGACGAACACAUGCCCACCUCCACCAAUGAGGAAGACGAUGGCGAGGAGGAAGACGAGGAUGUGUAUGAAGAGGACGUCGACUUACCCAAGCUGCCACAGGUGGAUACUAUUCUCUACAGAGAGGGGACGCAACCUCCGCCACCUCCACCUCCUCAGAACCAAGGCCUCCAGAGUCAAACAAGCUUCGUUCCCAUCCAGCCUUUGGCCACGCAGCAGUCCACAGACUUCAGCAACGCGGAGUACUCGGAAAGCAGCAGCCCAGACCUGCAGAGGGUGUUGCUUGGCCCGCAGCUAACGGGGUUGGGACCGGGGCUUCUCGCACAGGCACCCGACGGACUCAUGGUGGCCACGCCCGCACAGACGCUCACAGACACACUUGAUGACAUAAUGGCUGGUGAGCUUCCUUUUGCUGUGAACAGCAGAGUGCCUGUGGUAAACACUACAACUUCACCCUCUCCUCAGCCCUCCGCACAGAUGCCCAUCAACACAGUCUCCCCAUCCUCCAUGCUCCCGCUGUACCCUUCCGUGGACAUUGACGCACAUACGGAGAGUAAUCACGACACGGCGCUGACGCUGGCCUGUGCAGGUGGCCACGAAGAGCUCGUCUCAGUUCUCAUUGCACGUGGGGCCAACAUCGAGCACCGGGACAAGAAGGGGUUUACUCCCCUGAUCCUGGCUGCCACAGCGGGUCACGUCGGCGUGGUGGAGAUCCUUCUGGACAAAGGAGGGGACAUCGAAGCUCAGUCUGAGAGAACCAAAGACACCCCUCUGUCCCUCGCCUGCUCGGGUGGCAGACAAGAGGUGGUGGAGCUAUUGUUGCUCCGCGGGGCUAAUAAGGAGCACCGUAAUGUGUCUGACUACACCCCCCUCAGCCUGGCGGCCUCAGGGGGCUACGUCAACAUCAUCAAGAUCCUCCUCAACGCCGGUGCCGAGAUCAACUCCAGGACUGGCAGUAAGCUGGGCAUUUCUCCACUCAUGUUGGCAGCCAUGAACGGCCAUGUGCCUGCCGUGAAACUGUUGCUGGACAUGGGAUCAGACAUCAACGCUCAGAUAGAGACCAAUCGCAACACAGCACUGACCUUGGCAUGCUUUCAGGGACGAGCAGAGGUUGUCAGCCUGCUGCUGGACCGGAAGGCCAACGUGGAACAUCGCGCCAAGACGGGUCUCACUCCUCUCAUGGAGGCUGCGUCUGGUGGUUAUGCCGAAGUGGGCCGUGUGCUGUUAGAUAAAGGGGCGGAUGUCAAUGCCCCUCCGGUUCCUUCCUCUCGUGACACCGCACUCACCAUAGCUGCAGACAAGGGCCACUACAAGUUCUGUGAGCUUCUCAUCAGCAGAGGGGCUCACAUUGAUGUGCGGAAUAAGAAGGGGAACACACCUUUGUGGCUGGCUGCUAACGGAGGCCACUUUGAUGUAGUUCAGCUGUUGGUGCAGGCUGGAGCUGAUGUUGACGCAGCCGACAAUCGCAAGAUCACCCCCCUCAUGGCAGCGUUCCGCAAGGGUCAUGUUAAAGUGGUGCAGUACCUAGUAAAGGAAGUCAACCAGUUCCCAUCUGACAUUGAGUGCAUGAGAUACAUUGCAACCAUUGCGGAUAAGGAACUACUGAAGAAGUGUCAUCAGUGCAUGGAGACCAUCGUCAAAGCCAAAGAUCAGCAGGCCGCUGAGGCAAACAAGAACGCCAGCAUUCUGCUAGAGGAGCUUGAUCUGGAAAAGUCUCGUGAAGAAAGUAAGAAGCAGGCCUUGGCUGCAAAACGGGAGAAGAGAAAGGAGAAGCGCAAGAAAAAGAAGGAAGAGCAGAAGAGGAAGAUGGCAGAAGAAGAGGCAAAAGUGAAAGAGAUUUACUCUGAGCUGCAGGAUCUGAAGGAGGACUCUUCUGAAGAGCUGGAGGUUCCAAUUGAGCCCCCAAGCGCUACCACCACCACGACCAUUGGAAUCUCCGCCACUUCCCCAACCUUCACAAACGCGUUUGGCAAAAAGCGGGCGAACGUGCCCACCACGCCGAACACCAGUCGCAAGAACAAAAAGAAUAAGACCAAGGAUUCUCCCUGUGAGCCCAUUAUCCUCCAAGACCCGCAGGUGUCCCUGGCGCAGCAGAAAGCAGACAAAAACAAGAUCCAUGGCGAACCUAGAGGGGGCGGGGCACCUGGCGGCACCAGCGACUCCGAUAACCUAGACAGCACUGACUGCAACAGUGAAAGCAGCAAUGGCAGUAAGAGUCAAGAGCUCACCGACCCGCCCUAUUCAUCCUCCUCUUCCUCCUUCCCCCUCCCAGUCCCUGCAGGCUCUGGCCAUUUCCAGACUCCAGCAGAGAAGAGACAGGGGCCAUCGCUGCAUAGCUAUCGUGAGGAGAAGGUCACAGUGUCCAUCUCCAAACCGCAGCACAAAUCUCAUGAGAUCCAAAGUGACUUGACUUCCAGUUCCUUGCCCUCAUCGUUUAAGACCAUUUCACUACCCGUCAACUCACCCAACAUUAAAAUGAACCUCACUAGCCCUAAGAGGGGCCAGAAAAGAGAAGAGGGAUGGAAGGAGGUAGUUCGGAGAUCUAAGAAACUCUCAGUCCCUGCUUCGGUGGUGUCUCGGAUAAUGGGUCGGGGCGGCUGCAACAUCACAGCCAUCCAAGACGUAACAGGCGCACACAUCGAUGUGGACAAACAGAAGGACAAAAACGGAGAGAGAAUGAUCACUAUCAGAGGAGGCACAGAGUCCACACGGCAUGCUGUACAACUUAUCAACGCGCUAAUUCAGGAUCCUGCCAAAGAGCUGGAGGACCUGAUACCUCGUAACCACAUUCGGCCACCUGGCACCAACACCAAAAUCAGCUCCACCUACACAACCUCCACUGGGGCAACCAGCACUACAGCAGCUAGUUCAAAAGGCUUGCCAUCUGUGGUGCCCUCCUCAGGUGUUUCGUUCCCAUCCUCCUCCAACUCUACGUCUCAGCAGGCUGGCAAGUUGGGCAAAAGCAUGGCACCGGGUGUCAGGCCUCCCUUCGUAUCUUUGCCGCUCGCUUACGCUCAUCCUCAGCUGGCCCUUCUAGCGACUAUGCAUCAUAUCCGUCACCCUCGUUUGCCUAUGGCACAGUUCGGCGGCACUUUCCCGUCAUCUCCCAACACAUGGGGUCCAUUUCCCGUGCGUCCUGUGAGCCCUGGUAGCGCUAACAGCUCCCCAAAACACAGUGGCAACUCUGCUUCGCGUCCUGCCAUCUCUGGUCCGGCCCACCCUGAGCACCCCUCUCCUCCUACAUCCAGUGCCCUGGCUGCCACUGGCUCCACCACUUCUCCCACGAGUACUGCACCUACCAACACCCCCACGCCUUCCUCAGUCAGGAAGCAGCUCUUCUCCACAGAGCCAAAGUCUGGGGCUGGAGUGCCCAUGGCCACGACUGGCAGCACCACUGCAUCUGUGCAAGUUGCUCCGUCUCCCAUCAGCUGCAUUCAAACCACCCCAACGACUCCGCCGCCGCCCAUUGCUCUGCCCACACAGCAUCCUUCCCAACCCAAGUCAGAGCCGGCUAGCCUCAGCACCCCUGCUAAAGAGAAGCCCGUCACAGAGCUUGCUCUCUCCAGUGCGGGAUCUGCAUCUGACGGCCCCAGCCCCUCAGCUCCCCCGCACUUCACGUCCUCUCCGUCAGGCCCAUCGAUGAUGCCUGCACAGUCAGAGAGCCGACAACAGCUUCCGUCACACUUUCCCUCCACCACAGAACACAGUUCUUCAUCAUCUUCAUCUCAGCCAGGCUCAUCUCACCACGUCACACGCCUGCCUCUUCCCACCUGCAGCAGCACGGUCACUAACACCAGCAGCACCUUACCUCAUUACACCCCUGCCGUGCCUGGUGUGUCCCCGCGCAUGCAGCCACCGACACCCUUCUACCCCAUGCCUCCAGGGGGUCUGCCGGAUCAGCAGUCUGUGUUUGUGCCACCAGGAGCUUCGCAGGAGCCUCCCAAACAGCAGCAACAACAACAGUCUCAGUCUACCCUGGCCCAGGCAGGCAUGCCUCCUCAGUCUCAUCCAAUGUCCACCAACAUGGGCAUGAUCAAUGGCUCUCAAAUGCACCUGCAUGGCGGAAAAGCGCAAUUGCCACACAACUUUGGACCUGCAGCUCUUUUCAGUCCCUUCAGCAUCUUCAACAACAACCAGAUGGGUAACAAUCAGGUUUGGGGGGCCUGUCAUCUGCCGACACGUACCCCAUCUGAGCAGCCCUACAGUGCCCCAAAUACCGCUUACAUAGCUGGAAUGGGGCAAAUGGAAAGUGGGAUGCCUCCUCCGGAUGGCUCAAAAGCUCCCGGGUAUCGUUGCUCCUCACAAAGAGUGGUCCCAAGCCCCAUUGGAAUGCAUCCGAUGGACCCCACAUGCAAUUCCAUGUCCUCGUCUGCUCCACUCACCAACUUUACCACAAGCAUGUCUGCCAGCCCUGUCUUUCUGCAGAGUCCGGCUCCUGUGGGUACACACUCCUUCAGCCGCCAGCACUUCUCUCCCCAUCCCUGGAAUUCCUCCACUUCAUGUAUGAAAAUAAAUUGUGAAUCUCCAGUGCCCUCUGCGUCUUCCGGGGCAUCUUCACCUCUUUGCACAUCUACAGUGACUCCUGCUAUGACACAGUCAAAACCAAGUAGCUCCAACCAGCAGGAUCGGAAAGUGCCCCCGCCGAUCGGAACAGAGCGUCUGGCCCGUAUCCGGCAAACCGGCUCCAUCAACCACACCAUGCUGCCAAACAGCUACACCCCACCAGUGGGACAGGGUGGCAUUUGGUCUUUUGGUGUGGGCAGUGCCUCAGAGACGAUGUCAGGCUGGUCUCAGCCCCUGAUGGGAGGGCCGGUGAUGCAGAUGCAGGAGCCUUCAGCCUUCUCUCAACACCAGGCUAUGGAACGGGAUGACACUGGGAUUGUCGCUCCUUCUAACACUUACCACCAACCUCUACCUACCAACUUUAUGGACUUUAAGGGCCUGCCGAUGUACGGUGGUGCUAUGAUUCCACCUCACCCUCAGAUGGGGGAGGCUCCUGGUGGCCAUGUAUACAACGGUCUUCACACCUCUGACCCUGCCUGGAAUCCCAUCCUGAAGGUUGUUCCCAACUCUGGUGAGAGUUCAGACCCACAACAGGUAUGGCCUGGUACUUGGGCCCCACAUGUGGGAAAUGUGCAUCUGAACCAUGUCAACUAAACCAUGAUCGAGACGCCUAGGAGCAGUAACAAGAAACACGUUUAAAGAACAAGAUAAUUACCUAAUUACUGAGACGUGGUAUUAACCUAGAUGUGUCCCCCCAAAAAAUGUUAAACCAGUUAUGAAAUUCGAGAAAUGGACACCUUUGACGUGCCUAACUAAAAAGACAGAAUCCAGUGUGGGAUUUAACGUGUUUACCACCGUCUAUGAACAAAUCGAUUGCCUGUUCAACAGGAUACAUUCUGAGUAGUAUAGCCAUUUUGACAUUUAAGCCCCACGUAAAAGUGUUCUUGGUCGGCAGGGCUUAGUAGGACAGUGCGCUAUUUAUACUUGGCCAAGACAUAGAUGAUUGCAUAAAGAAUGAAAUCAGACCUUUUAGAGUGGUAAAUACCUGUAUAAUUGUUUACAUACUGAAAAAAGGGUUAAAAUGAGAGUAAAUUUCAUGUCGUAUAGUGGCUCCACUUUAUGUAGCCUGUAUUAAUGUGAAAUAUUUACCUUAAUAUUCAAUAAAAAGUUGGAAAUGUA